AUGAAAGACAAUGAAGUCGAAGAUGAGAAGAGCGUAAAUGCGUUAUCCCUCAAACAUCUCGAACCCCAAAAGAUUGUUUUACCUCAGAAUGUUUUCAGAAGCCAGUUAACAUGGAUAUGUUAUGAGAUUUACAAGUCCUUAGAGUUUCGUAUCUGGUUGCUAUUAUGGUUGCCACUUAGCGUUUGGUGGAAAAUGUCCUCCGAUUGGAUUUACCCGUUUAUUGUUUCGUAUUUUUUCCUGUUUCUAGGGCUGAUAGUUUUACCACUCAUUCAUUUACUUUCUCGUAAACGUUCCUUAUCGAAACAACUUACUCAGUUUUCCAAAGAAAUUCUGGAACAUACACCAGGUAUAGAAGCUGAUGAUUGGGAAGCUGUUGCAAGAAAUCUGAAUUCUUACCUCUAUGAAAACAAAGCCUGGAAUACGAAGUACUUUUUUUUUGAUGCUGCGGACUGCCAAGGAAUGUUCAGAACAACUCUUCUCGAACCAUUCUCUUUGAAGAAGGACGAAGCUGCCAAGGCUAAGUCAUUUAAAGGUGCUGUCCCUUACAUUGAAGAGGCUUUGGAAGUCUAUGCUACAGAAGUUGACGAACAAUGGAAGUUGUUCAAUAGUGAGAAAGCAUGGAGCCCUGUUGACCUGGAAGACGUGCAGCUCCCCAAGGAAGUUCACCGAUUCAAGCUUACCUGGGUUCUUAAAAGGAUCUUCACUAUUCACUCUUUGGCGGAAUUCCUUGCUUUUUUAAACUGUAUCUACGUGUCACGUAAUUAUUGCAUUAUAUUUCGCAUCCUCUAUCUUGGAGGGAUUUUUCUUAUAAUGGUACCAGCUUUCCAAAAUCUGAGAGUUUCACUUAUGAAAAUGGAACACAAGAUGCAGUUCUUGUCAACUAUUAUAAAUGAACAAGAAGGUGGUGCGAAUGGAUGGAAUGAAAUUGCAAAGAAAAUGAAUAGGUACUUGUUUGAAAAAAAAGUCUGGACGAAUGAAGAGUUUUUCUUCGAUGGAAUUGACUGUGAAUGGUUUUUUAGCCACUUCUUCUAUCGCCUUUUAUCAUUAAAGAAACCUAUGCGGUUUGCUUCGUUGAACAUUGAACUAUGGCCAUACAUUAAAGAAGCCCAAUUAUCUCGCAGUGAGGAGCCCUUGGUGUAG